AUGCCUGAGGGACAUCAAUCUCCUCCUCCCGAGCGCCAAAGCGGCGCCCAGCUACAGGAUCCGCCUGGAUCUGGCAAGGGGACAGAACUCAGCCAGGCCAGCCAGAAAGACCCCAAGUCCCAGCUUGAUUGUCUCACAUCGAACCCCAAGGGGCCAAUGGACGAUGUGCUUAAACACAAGUUCUCUAGGGAACCUGGAAACUACACUCCGUUGAAUGCUUAG